AUGGAGUUUGUGCAACGAGAUCAAAAAGGGUAUUCAGAUAAGGAAGAUCAAGAUCAAGAAGAUCAAGAGGAAGAGGAUAUGAUUUCCUGUAAGUUCUCUUCUUCAUCUCAUAAUUAUAAUAACAGCAAUUAUGGGUCAUCACCAAAGUACAAAGCCACUUUUGUUCCUCCUCCUCUUCCUCAUCAUCAUCAGUACCAGCAGCAAAAGCCAUGGGCUGUACAUAAUCAUGGGUCUCCAGAAGCCAUCAACUUCAUGGACCUAUCACUAAACCAUGAGCAAGCAGCAGCUGAUGGAGCCAAUAACAACAACAAUUGGCCUCCAAACUCUGAAAGAGAGCACAUGUUUGACAAAGUUGUCACGCCAAGUGAUGUGGGAAAACUCAACCGGCUAGUCAUACCCAAGCAACAUGCCGAGAGAUACUUCCCGCUUGACUCUACAGCCAACGACAAGGGCCUCCUCUUGAACUUCCAAGACCGGACCGGGAAGCCGUGGCGGUUUAGGUACUCCUACUGGAACAGCAGCCAGAGCUAUGUGAUGACCAAAGGGUGGAGCCGUUUUGUGAAGGAGAAGAAGUUGGAUGCCGGUGACAUUGUGUCGUUUGAGCGCGGGGUUGGGGACUCAGGUAAGGACCGCUUGUACAUUGACUGGAGGCGCCGACCUCCCCCUCCUCCUCCUCCGCCACAUCAUCACCACCAUGGACAGUUUGGUAAUUGCAAUGACAGAUGUGGAUGUGGUGGAGGCGGAGGCAGGCUAUACUCCCUGCUUCAGCGGCCGCCUCCAUCCGUGAUGUCCAUGCCUCUUAGAUACCAUGACCAUUUUCAUCCAAGCAACAAUAAUGUUCAUCAUCCGUACCAUCAUCAUCACCACCAGAUCAUGAACCAUCAAUAUUUGCAGCAUCAGAUUCAUCAUCAAUUGCAAGUGGAGAGGGAUCAAGUGGUUCAUCAUCAUCAUCAGUAUCCGAUGGUGAUUGAUUCUGUGCCGUUUGUUCAACAUGGGAAGAUGAGUUCCAGUGGAGAUAGCGCUGGUGCCUCUACCGGUAAGCGGCUUAGGCUAUUCGGUGUGAACAUGGAGUGUUCUCCAAACAUUGAAGAAGAUCAAACAGAUGAACAUCAAUACCAGAUAUUGCCUUCAACAGCAAUACCAUAUAAUCAUCUUCCUUCCUCUUCGCUUUCUGCUCCUCUUGAAUUAAGGCUGCCCAAUACUAUUGUUGCCAACCAAAUACCACUGCCCAAUACAGGUGCAGCAGAUCAGUACCUCUCAAAGAAAGGGAAAUCUACUUCCUUGUCGUUUUAUUUGGAUCCCUAA